GAAGAUGCAUGUGGUAUGCCUGGCAGGAAAAAAGAACAAAGAGAAGCCCUAGUUUCGGAUCUCUCGCGGGCGCCCUGGAAAGCAGCGAAGCGGUGGGGCAAAAGGUACAUGGAGCAGACGCCGGGGGCCGUGUCCAAGACCGUGAAGGAUGUGUCUCCCCACGAGUUCGUCAAGGCGUACUCAGCCCAUCUCAAGAGAUCCGGCAAGCUCGAGCUUCCUGAGUGGAUAGACAUUGUGAAGACUGGAAGGUUCAAGGAGCUUGCUCCUUAUGACCCGGAUUGGUACUACAUCAGAGCUGCUUCUAUGGCGAGGAAAAUUUACCUGAGGCAGGGCAUUGGAGUAGGAGGCUUUCAGAAGAUCUAUGGAGGUCGCAAGAGGAAUGGUAGCCGCCCACCACAUUUCUGCAAGAGCAGUGGGGCAAUUGCUCGGCAUAUCUUGCAACAAUUACAAAACGUGAAUAUCAUUGAAAUUGACCCCAAAGGUGGGAGGAGGAUUACUUCUCAGGGGCAGCGAGAUCUUGACCAAGUUGCUGGAUGUGUCUGGGGUACAAGCAUAACUUUAUCAUCAGUAACGUAACUUUCUUUUUAUCAUUGAGUAUCGGGAAUCUGUUUAAUUUAUCAAAUGUGAAAUUCAUUUUCUUGGCAGUUUCGACUUGAUUUUGUUUCUUAUAUUCAACUUUGUGAGAGGCUUGAGGUUAAUAUAGGUUUUGUUUCAAAACUAUGCUCUUUACAAGAAUGUUGCUUAAAAUCCUGAAGCUUU